CGUAAAGAAUACAAUGAAGUGUGUAGUAGUUUAUAUUUUAUUCCUAAUAAAUCUGGUAUAUUGUGUGCCCGAACAGAAAUGGCGUGAAAGUGAAGAUGGUAGUAAAUUUUAUAUAGAACCAGCAGGAAAGUACAAUUGGUACGAGGCCUGGAGUGAUUGUGCACGCAAAAACAUGUCCCUGAUUGCCAUUGAUACCUAUGCCAAACAUCAACAGAUUGAUAAUUUAUUAAAGCGAUUAUAUAACUCCUGUCCUCCAGUUUGGAUUGCCGGCCACGAUAAUGCUGUGCAUUUACGUUUUGAAUGGGCCUCUACCGGCCAACCAUUUAGCUUUACCAACUGGGGAGCUAAUCAACCGGCUGAUACGACUAAGAAUGAACCCUGUAUUUUAAUGUGGACCGAUUUUCAAUGGCAUGAUUAUCCGUGCACAAAUAAAUUGGGUUAUAUAUGUGAAGAACAUCCUCUAGUUAAGAACGGCUGUAACAAACCAUUGUUGACCAAUGCCCAAGAUAUGAGUGAUUUGAAAAAUAUUUUAUUUUAUUUUAGGAAUGGUAAAUAAAGGGUUUGUGAUUUAAUGUGUGAAAUUA